AUGAACACUCCAGAAUCUCUCUCUACACCCAUGGAAUCAGAUAGCUCGGUUGGUCCAAGUGUUUCCUUAACAAACUCGACGGGAAGAAAUUAUCCAGAAAAGUAUCGCUUGUUAACUGAUCUCUAUAAUAAUUGUGACGAGCUUUUAUUUUUGAUCUGUUUACACAGCAUACCCCCACCGCCAACAUCGAUUUCUGUUCACCGCCAUUUCAGCCGAUCUGCUUAUCCCUCUUCUUUCUCCAUUACAGUCGAUCGUCUCCACUGCCUCGAUCCUCUUCUCUCCUUCUACCACUUCUCUGCUCCCUUCCCCAAAUCGACUGCCAUAAAAUCACCGGUGAACCCUGAAUCCCCCAUCAAGGCGUCGAUUUUUGCCUCUGAGUUGCCAUAUAGCAUACAUCGUCUAACAUCCAUUACCUUCCUUCGCCAACAACGCCGACUAUUUGGUCUACGGUUUCUUUCUUAA